ACUUUCCAGGUUGAGGCCGCGUCCUCUGAACAAGUCCCGUUCGUCCUGAUUGCCGCUGUGUGUUACAGGAACGAGUCGACACCGGUUAGAAUCCGCCUCUUCACUGGCCGAGGUGUUGAAUUCCCCCCUCAUUACAAGGCAACCUAUAACGGUUCCGACUGGGAGAUUGGCGCCGUUGGUCACACACACUUUAUGCUCUAUGUGCAGAGCAAUAUCCAGGUCACCAAGAUCACGCCGCACACGCGCAACAUCAUCGCUGGUCGCGUUCCUGGCACGCAUGAGCAUGUGGUGGGAGACGAGAAAAGGCACAGAUUACCCAGGAAUGAAGAGGACCACUUGGUGGUUGCUAAGCGCCGCAGGGCUGAGUGA